AUGAGAAACCGUAGGACAGCGACUCCGGCUCCGCGUUUUUCACACUGGGACCUUGAUGGCCGCGAUGUUUCGCCUUCGAGAAGGUCGAGUUUGUUGACUCAGCAUUUACCAUCGUUGAGCGAGGGAUCGCAGGAAAGUCUGACAAAGAUUAUAUCGCCUGUCUUUAAGUCAUCUGAACAGGGAAGAACCGACAUUAUAGAGCUUGUUGGUUCACCUGUUAGUCACCGUAGAGGCGAACUUGUAACCUUCUGUAUGGAAAGGAGGAAGAAAUCCCAAGAACCGACACCAAGUCUUCCAAAUUUAAACAACAGAGAGUCGGCAACCAAAGAAAAUGUCCAACCUGGGAGCCCCAAGGGAAAAUAUAAUCACUUAACAAGAACUUACUCUCAUCCCGCUGUUUCUAAGUCUAGCAGUUUACCAAAACUUUGCAAAUGGGACUCACAAUCUCAAGUAAACCCUCAGGACAGACGGCAUUCAGAUGAGAUUAGAAGACAUAUACAGAGAGAGGACAUGGACUAUGAUUUUUUCUCGAAUAAAGCGAUCAUCUUAGAACGUUAUUUAAACAAUCAAAGCGCUACUUAACUUUAGAUUAAAUAUUAUUUAAUACCAUUAGAGAAGAAGUGUGAUUCAUUUGUGCAAACUCAUUUGGAUGUGAAAGAAGUUAUUUCACAAAUCAUGUACACAAAUUUACAGACGCGACGUCGAUAG